GCUCCUGGGGCUGUGGGUUUACUGUCAGUGCAGGUGAGAGGAGAGCUGGUGGUCAUGGCUGAGGAUGUGGCUGUAUCAGAGGAGACUUUAACAAGUAGUCUGACUCUGUUGGUCAACUUGAGCAAAGUCCUUCUGCAGAAAGCCAAGCAGGAAGCAGAAGAGUCCCUGGAGAAGUUUGUCCCAUAUAAGAUCACCACUUUAUUCGGCCUGAUCACAGCUGGAGCAGACUUCUACAAAAGGCUUGGAGUGAAGAAAAAGAGUGAAGCAGAGGCUGUUUGGCAGAAGUCUUAUCACCAUGCAGCAGUGAGAGAGCAGGUAGAGGAACUUCUGCAGCUGGAGAGUGAGUGGGACUCCUUCCUGGAGAGUGUGGACCGAGGUCUGCAGACAACAGAUGGACAGCUGUCAGGAGGAAAGAUAGCAGACAGCCUGAGCCCUAAUACUCUGUUCACUGAUGGACGGAGUGGGAAGAGCGUGACUCUGGGUCAGUACCUAGGUCAGGGUCAGAAGCUGCUGCUGGUUCUCAUCAGACAUUUCGGAUGACUACCGUGACGAGACCACGUGGCCGAGCUGCAGGCCAGUCAGACUGUACUGGAGGCAAGGUCAGUGCGGGUCUUGGUAGUUUCUUUCGGCAGUGUGGAGGGAGCUCAGCUGUGGCUGGAGCAGACUGGAUGUACCUUCGACUUCCUGCUGGAUCCACAGAGAAAGAUAUACAGGAGUUUUGGCCUCGGCUCGUCCUAUGCCAAGGUGAUGAAGUUCGGCUGCCUGCUGCAGUACUCAGAGUACGGAGCUGUGGACAGAGACUUCCCUGACGUCCCCCCUCACCUGCUGGAAGAUAUCUACCAGAUGGGAGGUGACUUUUUGCUGGAUGAAGCAGGGAAGGUCCUUCUUUCUCACCCGUCUAAAAACCCUCUGGACAGGCCGGCUAUGAAAGACAUCCUGCAGGCCGUGGACCCUGCAAAGCUGUGAAAGAUAUGUGACCAUUGGAGACACUGAGCCUGGGGUUGAUCAGGGGUUUAAGUGGUCUCUUUUUUUAACACAUCACUGACACCACAGAGAAAGAGCAGCUCUCUGUCUCACGUUUAUGACGUCACGUCUUGCUCUCAUGACACCAUGAAGAGGUGUGACCGAUGCAGAAGUGUGAAGCAAAGACAACUGAUCUUCUUAGUUGUGUCAGUGUUGUGAUGGGAGCAUUUUUAAAUGAAUGGUACUACUGGAUUACAAUGUAAUUCGAUUUAAUUCAAUUUGAUAUAAUAUAAAUGUUGUUUAACUUUAACACACUGAUUUGCUCUAACAGUUUUACCCAGAUCUGUAAUGUUAGACAGUAUGGAAUUUCUUAAGGCUUUACUUUAAAGAUGCAUUAAGCAGCUUUGGUUUUGGCGGUGAGAGGUCAUAAUUUUAAUUUUGGAAGGUACAAAUUACUACAUUACCCAGAAAUCAUGCAACAUGAUGUUACCACUGGCUACGUCAUGAAACGUUUUAUCUUCUAUGUGCCUGGUCAGUGUAGAGAUGAAGGCGAGAAAAAUCUUUGCUGCUGCAUCUUUUAAUGCAGAUACAUUUUUAGAUAAAACUGUACUUUAAGAUUUAAAUCUUAAAUCUUGCUUACAGCCGAAAAAAAGAUAUAACUGCCGCUGUGCUACAGAGCUGAUCUUUUUCAUAUCUAUAAAUAAAAUAAGCACAUCAUUUGUCAUGAACUGUGAGCAGUUUGAGGGAUUUCUGAUGAGUAGGGCUGGGUAUCAAACCUUAAUGCCUUUCUGUUACCGACUGAAAUGUGUCCGUAGCACAGUAUCAAAAAAUGUCAAGUACCAAAAACAGAGGCAUAGAAUAUCUGAUCAGAUUUGUAAUCUUAUUCUCUUUCUAUUUGAUCAUUAUUCAUGAUUUAAAUCAAAAGUUUUAUUCAGACAAAGUUCUUGGAAAGUUGCAUAUAUUUAGACAACAUUUAACAUUUUAGAACUUUGGUUUCUUUUGUUAAAUAAAAAAAAGGGUUCUGUAGAAAAAUAUAUAUAUCAAUAUAUCAUUUUGGUAUCGGCACUGAAACUCAGAUACUGUAUCUGCACCGUAUUGAAACAAAUUCAAAGAAUACCCAGCCCUACUGAUGAGGUAAAUCUUUCUUUUACCUGUGGACUAAUCAGAAAAUGAUGCUGUAAACCAUGUCAACCUUUAGUAAAGAUUUAUGAAAAACA